GCCAGUGGGAGCUCAGGCCAAGCCAAUCAACUCCCUACUGUGUAGUGCAUUACAAAAAUCCGUACAUAACAACUCCCUGCAGAUUGAUUUGGACCGCAAGGAAAUUCGACUUCAAUUGAACCCAGGCUUUUUGACCAUGGGAAAUUCUGACAAAAAGCGCCAACGCGAGGCCGAAGAAGCGCCCGCGGGGCCCGGAGAGUCCGCCGCGCAGACCCCCGAUCCGCCGUCCAAGAAAGCGCGGCUCGAUUCGCAUCGGCAACUCUUCGUACGAUCACUGCCGCCAGACGCCACCAGCGAGUCCCUGGUCGAGUUCUUCUCGCAGCACUACCCCGUUAAGCACGCCACCGUCGUGCUCGACCCAAAGACCAAGACCUCACGCGGCUAUGGUUUCGUCUCGUUCGCCGACCCCGAAGAUGCGGCCGAAGCCAAGGAGAAGCUCAAGAACGAGCUUUUCCACGGCCGCCGGCUGCAGCUCGACAUUGCUCUGCCACGCCUCCGUGACGCUUCCAAGGUGGACCCCGAGGUUGUGUCCAAGACUAUCGAGGAAAAGCGCAAGCGCGAGGCCGAGCUGGAACUGGCCCGGAAGCCCCCGAAGCUCAUCAUUCGCAACCUUCCCUGGAGCAUCAAGAAGCCGGAGCAGCUGGCGAAACUGUUUCAGAGUUUCGGCAAAGUCAAAUUUGUCGACUUGCCCAACGAUAAGGGCAAGCUGGCCGGGUUCGGUUUCGUCACGCUCCGCGGGCGGAAAAAUGCCGAGAGGGCAAUGGAGGCUAUCAACGGCAAGGUGGUCGACGGGCGCACAUUGGCGGUCGAUUGGGCGGUGGACAAGCAGACAUGGGAAAAGCUGAAGGACGCCGCGGACCAAGACGAGGCCAAGGCUAAGAGCCCCAAGGAGAAGAAGUCGGAAAAGGCGAAAAGCGACAAGAAAGAGGAGGAUGAGGACGACGACCCCAACAUGACCCAGGAAGACCGAGAUCUGGUGAACUUCUUCAAGAACUACGGUGACAAUCUCGAGGACGAGGAGGAGGAGGAUGACCAGGAAAGUGAGGAGGAUGACGAGGAAAAGAGCCACGGAGAGGAGGAUCAGGACGGGGAUAGCGAAAGCGGCGAGGAGGAGGAGGAAGACCAAGAAGAGGAUGAGGACAGCGAGUCGGACGUCGAGGAGUCGGAUGACUCGGACGACGAGGAGGACAAGAAGAAGCCCAAGAAGCCGCUGACGGACAACUCGACAACCAUCUUCAUCCGCAACUUACCGUACUCGACAACGGACGAGACGCUCAAGGCACACUUUACGAGGUUCGGCCGAGUGAGGUACGCCCGGGUAGUCAUGGACCGCACCACAGAGAAGCCCGCGGGCACAGGGUUUGUUUGUUUUGUCAGGGAGGAGGAUUUCAAGGCCUGCCUGAAGGGCGCACCCCGGCACAAGCCCGCGCCUAUGCUGGCCAAGCACUCGGUGCUGCAGGACGAGACGGCGGAUCCCGAAGGCAAUUACACACUCGACGGCCGCGUCCUCCAGGUGACCCAGGCGGUGUCCAAGGACGAAGCGGCCCGGCUAGCCGAGGAGAGCAAGGGCAGGCGGAAGGAAGACAAGCGGCGGCUCUUCCUCCUCUCGGAGGGCGCCAUCACGCCCAAGUCGCCCCUCUACAGCAAACUCACCCCGGCCGAGAUCAAGAUGCGGGAGGCGAGCGCGAAGCAGCGCAAGAAGUUGAUCGAGUCCAACCCGAGCCUGCACCUCAGCCUGACGCGCCUCGCGGUCCGCAACAUUCCGCACAGCCUGUCCUCCAAAGACCUCAAGGCGCUCGCGCGGCGCGCCAUCGUCGAGUUCGCCAAGGACGUCAAGGAAGGCCGGCGCCUGCCCAUCUCCAAAGAAGAAAGGGAGCGGGGCGGCGAGGCCGACCGGGAGGCGGAGCGGCGCCGCAGGGAGAAGGGCAAGGGCGUGGUGCGGCAGGCCAAGAUCGUCUUCGAGACGGCGCAGGGAUCCAAGGUGGACGAGAAGACGGGCGGGGGCAGGUCGCGCGGCUACGGCUUCAUCGAAUACUGGUCGCACCGCCGGGCGCUCAUGGGCCUCCGCUACCUCAACGGCCACCCGCUCAAGAACGAGGCCGGCAAGACGCCGCGGCUGAUUGUCGAGUUUGCCAUCGAAAACGCAAAGGUCGUGCAGCGGCGGCGCCAGCAGGAGGAGAAGAGCAGGAUGGCCAAGGAGCAGAAGGCCGCGGGCGGUGCCGGUAAGGACGGAAAGGGAAAGGUCAAGGGGAAGGGGAAUGACAAGAAGGAGAAGGGCAUGGAGCAGAAGGAUGGCAGCGGUCGGUCCAAGGGCAAGGGGUCCAAGGGCCGGGAUGGGAAAGACGGGAAGGGCGGGAAGCCGGGCAAAGGUGCAAAGCCCGGCAAGGGUGGCAAGAAGAGCGCGGCCGAGGCGAAGGCCGGGGUGCCGCCCGCCAAGCAGGGCAAGAAGAAGGCGGACGAGAAGCUCGCCCUGAGGACCAAGAUCAUUGCGAGGAAACGGAUGAUGCGGAAGAAGAAGGCGGCUAUGCGGGCGGGUAAGAGGUAGGGGGAUAUCGUAGGGUUCCCCCUUUGUUGAACUUCCCAAGUACGUACCAUAGUACGGUUACUAAGGGACAUUCUUUUUUAGGUAAGGUACCUGACCUACCUAGCGUACCUUACAAAGAGGAUACAGAUCGGUACGAACAAUGAGGCACAUGUAAUCCGUAUGUCCAUGCACGUGCGUGCUUGGGCUACAACGCGUUGAGAUUUUGUACUUUUUGCUUGUACCUGCUUGGCUUGUUUGGCUUACUUGCGCAGUGGACGCUUGCAACGUGUUUUCUUUUUUCUUUCUUUCUUUCUUUUUUUUUU